AUGAAUAAAGACUUCAGAGUCACAGACAAUGGCAUUGAAUCACUGCUAGUGAUACCAGAAAUUGGUGCACAAGUGACCUUCACUGGUAUGAUGUUUUUUAUUAACCUCUCCUGGCAGAACUUCCAUGGUAACACUGAGGGACAGUGUGGAACAUGUGAUAAUAACCGCACAGAUGAUUGCCGUUUACCAAAUGGUACCCUUAUUUCAUCCUGCCAAAAAAUGGCCCCUUUCUGGCAAGUUCAAGACAAUGAUAGCUACUGCCCACCACCAGUACCUGUGCCUACCCCAAAACCAUGCACACCUUCUCCAAUCUGUAAAAUUAUUAGUAGCAAGGUCUUUGAGAUGUGCCACAAUAUUAUUUCAUAUGAGUAUUAUGAGAUAGCCUGCAACUUUGAUGUUUGCCACAUGAACAGCACAUGGAUUGGCUGUGUCAGUUUGCAGAUGUAUGCAGAGCAGUGUGCUCUGGCAGGAGUCUGCAUUGACUGGAGAGGAGCUACAAAUGGAGUGUGUGGUUUCAAGUGUGAAGCCCCUGCUGUGUACAAACCUUGUGGUCCUCAAGUUGCACCAACUUGUGAUGCAAGGUUUAACAUGAAAUUUAUAAGUGAGAAGAAUGCUUUCAGUGCUUUGGAAACCAUGCUCUGGGAAGGGUGCUACUGCCCAGAAGACACUAUAUUACUGGCCCCAGAUAAGAAUAACUGUGUUCCUAACUGCAGCAUUUGCAUGUUGCCUAAUGAACAAUGGAAAAUGGCCAGCGAGACAUGGGUUGCAGAUUGUAAGAACUGUACUUGCAAUGCAGACAGUUUGACUGUGUCCUGUAAGGCUCUCACCUGUCCUACCCAAGAACCUCUUAUCUGUGAUCAAAAGGGUCAGUUGGAGAUCACAGAGACAAUUGGCUGCUGCCAGAAAGCAAUAUGUGUGUGUGAUGGCCGUCUUUGUCCCAAUGAAAACCACACUUGCCCUGUUGGAUUCAAUCAAAUGAUUAAAAUGGGAGUUUGCUGUCCAUCCUACAGCUGUGAGCCUAAAAAAGUCUGUGUGUUCAAUAUCUCUGAAUAUAUGCCCGGUGUACCUGUUCCUAUGAGGAAAUGUGAGCAGUGUCUUUGUACCAAUCAGACUGAUUUCCAAAGUGGCCUCCUCAAAAUUGACUGCCAUCCUCUUCAAUGUGAAACAAACUGCCCACUGGGGUAUGCAUACCAACCAGUUCUAGGGAAAUGCUGUGGAAAAUGUGUGCAGAUCAGCUGUGUCGUCAGGUUUUAUAACAUCACUGAAACCAUCCAGCCCGAUCAAGUCUGGACUCCACCUGGGAAUAAGUGUCUGAAGUUUGAAUGUGUGAAGACUGCCACACAAUUCAUUGUAAUUGAGGCCAAAAUUGUUUGUCCAUAUUACAAUGAAGAUGACUGCAUUCCUGGAACAACUGUUUUUGGUCCUAAUGAUUGCUGCAAAACCUGUAUAAACAAGACUAAGAUUUGCCAUGUUAGCAAGUCCUCCACAUUUCUUGAGAGUAACGGCUGCAGGACUACGAAACAAGUAGAGAUGACCACUUGUGAAGGCAACUGUAGGACAUCUUCUGUAUACUCGAUGCAAGCCAAGACAGUCCAGCAUUCAUGCUCCUGUUGCCAGGAAUUGGCGACCAGCAAGAAAGAAGCAGAACUGUUGUGUCCAGAUGGGUCAACGGCCAUACACAGCUACAUCUUUAUUGAAAAGUGUGGUUGCCUGGAGACAGAAUGCACAGUGAAGGAGACAGCUGCAGGGAGGCAGCAGCGCAGACGCCGAUGGUCCCGUUUGGAGUAACCUCACUCUGUUCAAAUCAAUAUUAAUCCAACUAUGACUUUGCUUACAGUUCAUUUUGCUUUUCUGGUUCAUCUGACCACAUCAAGAUAAGGUGUAUUUUGUUUUUAUCUUUCAUUUAUUAUUAUAUUUUUCUGAUGCUUAAAAUUCAAUAAAUGUUAGCAAUAAA